AGAAGAUGAUUGAUCAAAUAUGAUAUUUGACAGGGUUGGGUAAAGGAAACAAAAAAUUUAGUCUUGUAAGUUUCAUGUACAGGGUAUCAUUCCAAGUUAAUGUCAGUAAGACAAUAGCAUAAUGUUGUGCUUUGUGCUAAAUGUUUUAUAAUGAAGUUUGUUAAAGCAGACACUAAAGACUUGCAUUAAAGGCACAGUUAAAAGUUAUAAAUAGUACAUGAAAAAUAUGGACAUAUAAUGAGAUAUAUGGCAAUGGAGCCCAGAGAAUAUAGUUUAGGAAGUCUUGUUUAAAAAUAACAAGUUAAAUUUCUGAACAAUAUAUAUAUGAAAAACUGAGAAAUAUGCCCAGUAUUUAACUUCAAUUUUCUUUAUAAAGGGCAUACCAUUCAUUAAUUAUUUUAAGCGUUUUAAUUUUUUUUACAAGAAAGUUACAUUCCAGUUGAAUUUUAUUGCAUAUGUAUAAAUUAAUACAAAUUUCAGAUCAAAUAUAAAGAAAAAGUAAAAGCUUACUUUUAAGAAUUAAUAAUUAAGACAAUUUGUAUAUUUUUGGUGAUAAAAAAAUGUUAGUAAAAGUUUUGCUGUGAAAAUUAUGUUUGUCAGGUUUAAGAAUUAGGUGAUUCCAAAUUUCACAUUAUAAGCUUAGUGGACUUAAUGGAAUAUAACUUACAAGAUUGAUAGAAUAUAAGUUUUUUUUAAAGGAUUUUUUCUUGUUUGAAAUUUAUUUUUAUUUGUUCAUUUUUGGUAUAUCUAUACAUAUUGAUAUAUGUUUGAUUAUAAUUUACAUGUAUGUUUGUCAAGUACAGUGGCAAGUAAAAAGAUACCAGUGGGGAAUAAAAUGUAGAUUAAUACUUCAAAGAGUUUAAACUUUUGCAGUUACAACUUAAAUCAAAUGAAUGAAAAGUGAAAUGAAAAUAUUAAGAUACCAAAAUAUAACAUCUAUAGACGGCAAGGAUUUUAUGCUGUUUGAAUGUUGUUUAUAUUAAUUAAAUAUAUUUAUUAGUGCAAUGCCACUGGUCUCUUUUUUUUUUCACAAAUCCUAUGUGUAUAAUUUUGAAAAUCAGUUUUGUUUUGACAUUCUUCUUUUGUUAGGGAAUGUGAUAGCAAAUAAGUGUCAGUGCGAAAGAAAAAAAAUAUAAAAAAAAUGACAUGUACCUGUAUCAACUUAACUGGUCAGUUUUACUUUAUCAUUACAGAAAAGAAGUUUAUGUUCUUUUAAAAACCAAAAUUGUCACAUGUCAUCUGGUCAAAUCAAUUUUUUAUGCAAUUAAAUAUAUGGCAGUUGUUAAAAUUUAAUCUAAGAUUUUGUCUUAACAGCAUAUAAAGAUAUUUGAAACUCAGAAUUAUUUUGCAGUUGUAUACCAUCAGAUUUGAAAGUAAAAUUGUAAGACUGACCAGCAUUGUAGAAAGUAUGAAAGUAAAUGUGAACAAAUGGUGUAAAUCUGGUUUGAAUUUUAUAGUUUAUUUAGGGUUACAAUUAAGUGAACUGGACAGUUAGAAUUAAAGGAACGCCACUGAGGUCCAAAAAGCAUAAAGGCAUAAGAUUUUUUAUUCUUUCUUUUUACACAAUGAAAAUGAUUAUUCUGAAAAAAUGAGCAGAUGAUCAGAAAUUUUGCACAAAGGUUAUUGAUUCAGACAUGUUUCAAAUAGUAAAACAAAUCUGUCAUGUCAAAAAAACCUAAGUGGAGUCUCGUUGAGGCCACAUAAGAAACUUGGGAUGGACAUGGUUAUUUUAUACCAGUAUAUUUGAUAUACUUCAUGUAUAUAGGAGGAGCAUUUUAUUUUGAUUUACUUUGUAAACUUACUAAAGCUAUUUCAUAAAACAAAAGCUCAAGGGCCAUGACUUUGAACAAAAUGUUUGUUUACGUGUCAGGCAUAUCUUGUAGGAAGAAAGUUUAUUUUAAGUAUUUUCUUUCAUUUUGUUAAAAUCUUUUAUUUUGUUAAAAUGAAAUUUUGAAGAGCGCAGAAGCUUUUGUGUUUAAAAUAAAGACAAUUGUUCAUUCAGGUAUUGCCCUGAACUAUUUAUGAAUGAUAGAAUCUAUACAGAUUGAUGAUAUUUUGUUACAGAAAGAAUCUAUACACAUUGUUGAUUUUUUGUUUGUCAGAAGUUGUGUAUACAUCUGAUAAUAUAAAUAGAUAAAUUUCUAAUUAAAAUGCAAUGAAGUAAUAAUAUGUAUAUUAGAACAUGCACUUAAUGCAUAUUGGAGACAGACAUGUAUGUGUCAAGACAAAAGUUGGUAUUUUUAACUUCUGUGCAUAACAAACAUAUUGUGAAUUUAAAUAUAUUCUUAAAAUUUUUGUUUGAUAUCCAAAUUAGGAAGUUUCUAGAAGCAGGAGAAUUAAAAUUUUAAGUAAUUCAGUUAACAUGUUUUCCCCUGUUUUUAACAUUGUUACUGAACAAAAUUUUUGGAAACAAAUCUGAGGUCUUUUUUUUUCUGAGGUCUUAAUUUUGCAUUAAUUGUCAAAUUCUGUAAAAUCAACUUUUUGUUAUCCUUAUUUGAAAUGAAUUUUUAAAAAAAAAAAACUGUUUGAAAUUAAGUUUUAAAAAAUUUUUUUUUUUUGAAAAUAUAAAAUAGUCAUAUAGACCAAUAACAGAAAAAAAUGUUAUAGUUUAAAAAAAUAUAGUUUAAGAAAUAAGAUAAAAAUAUAGGGUACACUGACAAGAGACAUGAAGACCAAGAAGUUGCCGGUUCCCUGCAGUCUGACUCUUUAAGGUCUGGCUAUUGGACGCAAGUUCAUCCACCUUCUCAGUUUUAGGAAAGAAAAUUUUUAAGCCAUCUUUGGAUAGGACAUGAUUUAUUUCAGUCUUAUUGCAUUUUGUUGGUUUAAUUAGAAAAAAAAUUAUAUUGUUGUGUGAAUGAAAAGUGUGAGUGAAAAUGUUUCAGGACUUUUGACAUGACUGAUAAAUAUAUAUAAUAAAAUAGAUGGCAUGUUUUCAACUUGAACUCCUAGAUAUGGACUAAGGGGACGACACAUUCCGCUCGCAACAACACUCAUUAGGGCAACUAGAGGGAUCGAGGGAAGAUGGCAAAGACAGGGGACGAUUGUUACUUCUUCUACAACCAAACUUGUAUAAAGGGAGAAUUGUGUCCAUACCGACACGUCGAGGAAGCCAAGGGUAGUACGGUGACUUGCGAUAAAUGGAGAAUGCAUUUAUGCAAGGCUCUCCCGUGUCCUUUACGACAUAUGGAGUUACAGCAAAAUGUACCAUGUUUUUAUGAGACUCAGCCAGGGGGUUGUACCAGACCAAACUGUGUGUUCCGCCACAAGUUCAGUAAACAACAGACUGCCCCACCAGGACCAGUACCCGUUUCAGUCGCUCCAGUACCGGCCAGAAAUAUCCUCCAACGGCCACCAGUUUCAGCGGGACCAGUACCAGUAAUUUACAAUCGCCCUCCACCACCACCACGCCCUGGUUGGCAAGGUGCGGGCAUUGGACCGGCACAGAUGUUCCCAGGGCCACCUAUCACUCGACCACCUCCUGGGUUCCCGCCAUUUCACCCAGGUGCUUCUCUACCACCAGCAAGUGUUCCAUUGAUGCAGAUUGAUCCUGUUAUAAUUAACCCAAAUGAAGAGUCUGACCAAGAUAGCAUUAAAGGCUCACCGAUGAAAGUUGUAACAAGAGUACAGCCCACAGUUCCACCUCAUACACAAAUACAGUCCAGUAAUCCUUUGGAUUAUUUUCUAAAUGCCAAACCUUGGGUUGAUACAAGCCAAAGAAAUGUUUAUAGAAGAUCACCUAGUCCCAUUCUGAGGAGGUCACGUUCUAAAAGUCCUCGUAGGUCUUUGAGCCCACGUAGAUCUGUAAGCCCACGCAGGUCCCAGAGUCCGACUCCAGUGAGCAGACAGAGGUCAUUAAGUGCUGAGCGCUAUAGUUCCAGUAUAAGGCGACGAUCAGGAAGUUUAGACCGGUCAAGGAGUCCAGAGUGGAGAGAUAGCAGAAGAUUUGGCCGCAGGUCAAGUAGAAGUCCUCCCAGGCGAAGAUCCAGAAGUCCAAAUCGUGACAGGGAAAGAGGUAUACUGAACAAGUUCCGACAAGGGGGCCGGGGUCGGAAACUACAGGAGGUGAAAGUGACAGGAUCUAAAAUUAUAUCCAUUAAAAAAGAUAAGAAACAAGAGAAAGAGGAGGAAGAAGAGAAGGAAAAACAAACAGAGAAGAAAGAAGAAAAAGUGGACAAAGUGAAAAGUGAUCGCAGUAAAGUUGUCGCAGACAUUGUGAAAGAGGACGUCAAAUCAUUGGAAGAUAUUUAUAGAGAACGUGCCCUGCAAUCCUUGAUGGAUGCAAAACGAAAGAAAAUCCUUGAAAACAAGAGAAAAAGGUGGGAAAAUGUGGGGGCAAAGAAGGUAUCCGAGUCAGAGAAAUCCGAUAAAUCAGGGAAACAGUCUGGAGAUGAUGAGGACCAGUCCAAUGUUGAUGAAAAGGGAGAUAAUAAGAAUGAAGAAGUGGAUUCAAGUAGUGACUCUGCAGAUGAGGGAGGUGAUAACAAGUCAGAUAUUGACCUACCUGAUGAUAUAGAUAUAGAAAUUGGUGAAGGUGAUCUAGAAGAUGAUAAUGAAAGUGAGAAAAGUGAAUCUGAUAAGGAAUCUGAACAUGAUAAGAGAGAAGAAGACUUGCCGGUCAAGCACAAAAUUAAAUCAAAAAGUUCUGUAUCCAUACCAGAAAAGGCCUAG